AGGAUCUCUGGGGAUACAGCUCUGGAGAAGGAUAUCCAUGGAUCUGUGUGUGAACAGAUUCAGAAGAACUUUGCCCGCAGUCAAUGGAAGCGAGCAAUCAAUGCCACGUCCUUUUUACGCCAUAUCACCAAGAUGGGACCAGGUGCAGAGGGUGAAGAAAUUGGAGAGGCAACAUCUGGAGGACAGCGUGGAAAAUGGUGACACCCCUCCCAGAGGUACUUCGAGAGCCACUCUUUUGCAUGAGCUACCCUCCUGCAUGCGGCUUCACAGCCACAACGCUGCGUCAGCACCCUCCCCCAAGUGUGGGGUAUCCUUUCAUUUUGUGCUCUCCCCCCCCAUCUGGGGAUAUCUCUGCCCCGAGGGGCUCAGGAGUUCAAUCAAACCAAGAGCAUCACCGUCCAGCCUGCUUCGAGCCGGCUCAAAUGCAACCUGCCUGGGGCCAGAGGCCAUCCCAUUGAAGCCGGUGGAACCUUUGCAAUCUUGCCGCGUAACUCACUUCACGUCCAUCCAUGUCAGCCGUCGAGGCCAGCAACCUACUGGGGAAUCAGUGGAGAAGGCGGUGGCGGGGGAAAUAAAACGCUCCGCCGUUGUUUGCCAGCUGUUGGGGGGGGGUAAUUUCAAAAUUGAUUUGAGAAGCUAUUUCUCCUCCUGUCCUCGUGAGUCCUAGAAGGAUAGCUUUCCCACGGAGGGGGAAAGCUGGUGUCGCGGAAGGAAGACAGGGAAACACGACAACUCUUGUUAUUGGAAGAGAAGGGACUUCUCCAGUAGGGAAUUGGGAGCUGCCAGAGCAAAGUUGAAGGCUUGUCGUGAGAUAGCUUGAAUUGGAGCUACCUUAGCUCCAGUUGAAUCAGGAUCAAAAUGAAAUUCGAUGGGUGUUUGGGGAGCCUUAGAAGGAUAUGCCUGGAUAUUGCCAGACUCCCCAAAGGAUAUGACUUCCUUCUGAUCUUAGAGCAAUAUGUGAGUGAGAUUUUGGAUGGAUGAUAUCACUGCUGAAGAUAACGCAAUGUUUUAAAAACGAGCUGCUUGUUUAAGAAGUGCCAGCGUGAUGGGUCAAGGCGGUGAUCUGAUGCUUCUCCUUGGCCUAGGAAGCAACUGCCCGAUCUGAGGAUUGACUCGUAGGUAAUACAAAAAAAGCUUGUUCCACCUGCUGUUGAAUCUUCACAUCUGGGUUUGGUUGGGUUUCUUUUUUUUAGUUUAGAUUGUGAUUGCUAGGCUGGGUAAGACAAGACCUUGUCAGGAUUUGAUGGAAACAAAUGCCACCAGGGAGCCAGAGAGGGUUCCUGUCAGAAGAAGACAUGGACCUCUGGAGGAGUUUGAUGCUCCAAGCUAAUUAAAAUUAGAACUACUUACUGUAGUAUCCCUUCUUUCCUGUAAUAGAAGUGAACCACCAUCUGUAGGAUGGCUUUAGCAUCUAGGCUGCUUCCAUCCAUGAAUCUUUCUUUCCAUUAUAUCAUUGCUUUUCAGGUUUUGUAAUUUGUGGGAAUAUGAAUCCACGUGGUGUGUUUCCAUUUAGUGAUUCAUUGCAAAAAUCCCAUCUACGUUAGCAAGCAGAUUACGACAGGAUCUUCUCAAACUUCUACAGGCCAUCCCACCAAGCCUUUAUUCCCUCAGACACCCCCACCCCCCCGGUUGUUCUGAAAAUACAGGUGCUGGUGUUUUGCACACCUGCGCACUGUUUUCUUUAUUUGUGCCAGAAUCUCAAAAUACUAUCAGGUUUUCCGUAAAAACUGCCUAGUGUAAUGUUGGCGUUUUGACAUUCUGCAACAAUAAAAGGGUUAACCUGCAACAUUAAGGGAUCCAUUAAGGUUUCUUAACUAUAUAAAUAAAAUGUGCUUUAGAUAGCCGGGAUCCUGAUAUCCCCAGCCAGAAGGUUCGGGCGCAUCUUUUCCUUCUUCUACGUAAAUAUUCCAAAGGAGCAAAUGGUAAACAUUUUAAAAAGUGCAGACACAUUGGCUAUCCGCUUACAUACAGUACAUAUGUAGGAAAAUAUAUUUUUUU